AUGUCCACUGGUGUCGCAAGGCGAACACUUGGCAUUGGGUUGCUUCUGAUUGUAGUCGUCCUGUGGACGGCUUCGAAUUUCCUGGCUAGUACGAUAUUCGCCGACGAUACGUACUCCAAACCGUUCUUUGUGACUUAUAUUAACACCUCGUUUUUUAUGCUUCCUCUCUUUACGAUAAUUCUUGGCCGGAUCUGGAGAUUAUGGCGCUCGGGAAAGCUCUCCCAGAUACACUCGUUUCAAAGUUUCUUGCGGCACAUUGAUUCACAUGAUCCGGAUGCUGAAACAACAGGGCGGGACAACGCUUACGAGCCCGUAGACCCUGAAACAUGGAACGCAGCUACGUUGGAUUCGGGAGGGAAAGAAGAGGAGUCUGUCAAGCUGGGCUUGAGGGCGACUGCAAAGUUAAGCCUGCAAUUUUGCAUGUUAUGGUUCCUUGCAAACUAUUUUGCUUUGGCUUGCCUGCAAUACACGACCGUAGGCAGCACCACCAUCUUGACUUCUACCAGCGGUGUCUGGACCCUGAUUUUCGGCGCACUCAUUGGUGUUGAAAAGUUCACCGUCCGCAAACUCGCCGGCGUCGUCGCCUCUUUGGUGGGAAUUAUUCUGAUAUCCCGUGUUGAUCUAUCUGCAUCAGAAGCACCCCCUGCAGAUGAUGGCAGCGGUAGCAGGUUUCCGAACAAAAGCUCCACCGAGAUCGCCCUCGGUGAUGCUAUGGCCGGAUUCAGCGCAGUCAUGUACGGAGUGUAUACGAUUGUUUUAAAGAAGCAAGUCGGAGAUGAGUCCCGAGUGAACAUGCAGUUAUUCUUUGGUCUCGUUGGACUCAUUAAUAUGCUCCUCCUUUGGCCCGGUUUCAUUAUCAUGCAUUUCACUGGUCUUGAGACAUUUGCACUCCCUGACACAGGCACAGUUUGGACUAUCAUUUUGGUUAACUCCGUAUCUUCCCUCUUGUCAGACAUCUGUUGGGCCUACGCUAUGCUCUUGACAACUCCUCUUGUCGUCACCGUCGGUCUCUCACUGACCAUCCCGCUCUCCCUUGUGGGCCAGAUCUUCCUCCAAGGCAUAACGUCGAGCGCGCUGUAUUGGGUCGGCGCUGCGAUCGUGUUCCUGUCGUUCUUGGUCGUGAACCAUGAAAGUAAGGAGAAAGAUUACGAGGAAGCGUCAACGGCAGACUAUGAUGCCAUUCCCGGAGAAGAGACGGGGAGGUGA